AUGUCAACCAGCAGCGGAACGGAUUCGGCCAUCACCGUCCUCCAGAAGCACAAUCUGGAGGAGUUCCUCAAAGUCAUACGAAACUUUAAGAAGGAUGGUAAAACUCGACAUAGCGAGCUUCACUUCCAAACGAAAUUGGAAGUACUCAAUCGAAAAUGGAAGACAUACGAAGACAACCAUUUCUCAGCCAAUCAGAGCUUGGCUCAAACUAAGGAGCUUUUGCAGAAGUAUCUGACGAAAUACGACGAAGCCGAGGCCGAAUACAAAGUGUGCAGCAUUGAAUUUGCGGAAGGGCUGUCAGAGUUCAGGAAGCGAGCGAGACACACCAACGACUCAGCUGAUGGAACCUUACAAUCAGUGGAACCAGAUGCGAUCAGACUGGAGCAGAUUAAAGUUCCAACGUUCGAUGGAACUUGCCCAGCUUGGAUUUCGUUCAGAGACCUGUUCAAAUCUCUUGUCCACGACAACGGGAGACUGUCUGGGGUGCAGAAGCUACAGUAUCUUCGGGCAUCAGUAAAGGGAGAAGCGUCUCAGAAAAUUAGGCAUCUUAAUAUGUCGGAUGUCAACUAUUUCGCAGCUUGGGAUCUCUUGACGAAGAGAUACGACAACAGGCGCAUUAUUGCCUAG